AUGGCCACCGGCGGCGGCGCGGAGGAAGAGAGAAAGCGGGGGCGGCCGCAGCUGCUGCCCCAGGCUCGGCCAACUACCGGGGGCGAGGAGCCUGAGGGAGGCCGCGAAAAGCUGGGCUGGGCCCAGGUGGUGAAGAACCUGGCUGAGAAGAAGGGCGAGUUCCGUGAGUCGCGGCCGCCGCGGCGGGAAGAAGAAAGCAGCGACGGCGCGCUCGGCGCCCCGGCGGGUUUGGCCGCACCGGGCUUUGGAGACUUCCCCCCAGCUGGCCGCGGGGAUCUGAAGGGGCGCCGGAGAGACCCCGCCGGCGAGGCUGCGGACUCCCGCAAGAAGAAGGGCACAGCCGAGGCGAGCAGGAGAAAGAAAACCGAGACUGCGACCAUGGCGGCCCCUGCCCUACACUGCCCGGCCGAGGACGCAGCGGAGCGGCCCCUCCAGGACGAGCAGGCGCCCACGGUGGGCUCCGCAGCGGGCCCGGGUAAGGGACGCUUCCUCGUGCGUAUCUGCUUCCAGGGUGACGAAGGUUCCUGUCCGACCCGAGACUUCGUGGUGGGCGCGCUCAUCCUGCGUUCCAUCGGCAUGGACCCAAGCGACAUCUAUGCCGUCAUCCAGAUCCCCGGCAGCCGCGAGUUCGACGUGAGCUUCCGUUCGGCGGAGAAGUUGGCACUGUUCCUGCGCGUCUACGAGGAGAAGCGCGAGCAGGAGGACUGCUGGGAGAACUUUGUGGUGCUGGGGCGGAGCAAGUCCAGCCUGAAGACGCUCUUCAUCCUCUUCCGGAAUGAGACGGUGGACGUGGAGGACAUCGUGACCUGGCUCAAGCGCCACUGCGAUGUUCUGGCAGUGCCCGUGAAAGUGACCGACAGGUUUGGGAUCUGGACCGGGGAGUACAAGUGCGAGAUCGAGCUGCGCCAGGGGGAGGGCGGGAUCAGGCACCUGCCAGGGGCCUUCUUUUUGGGGGCCGAGAGGGGCUACAGCUGGUACAAGGGGCAGCCCAAGACGUGCUUUAAAUGUGGUUCCCGGACCCACAUGAGCGGAAGCUGCACGCAGGACAGGUGCUUCAGGUGCGGAGAGGAGGGGCACCUGAGCCCUUACUGCCGGAAAGGCAUCGUGUGCAACCUCUGUGGCAAGCGAGGACACGCUUUUGCCCAGUGUCCCAAAGCAGUUCACAAUUCCGUGGCAGCUCAGCUCACCGGCAUGGCGGGGCACUGA